AUGCCCAGCAGCUUAAGACCCAGAGCAUCUAAGGGACAAGCAGUAACUAACAUUUGUUUAAAAAUCAAUUGGUCGAACCGGUCGACGGAUACAUCCACUGCUUCCUCUCCGCUGGAUACACCAGAAUCAUCUUCGCAUAACACACCAUAUCACAUGGAUAGUUCACCCCUUAGCAGCCUAGAAGACGGAGACCCACGUAGCAUUCCAUUCCCAGAACUAGAUGUCCCAGAGUUAGACCUUCAAUUACCUCCACUUGACUUCCAACUGCUACCGCGCUAUAAGAAAAUCAAGCCGCUUAAAUCGAUCUCUGCAAUACCAGACUACAAUUUGGAUAAGUUUUUUGCAAUUGCACAAACCAAAAUCGACAUGCCCACAGAAACACCGCAGAUCUUUCAUGGCAAUGGCCAUACAGAGGAGAACCCAGCAGAUUUCUUAAAGUCGUUUAAUCGUGCAAUGAGGCAACAGACCAUUAAUGCGAGCGCGGAGAAGCUAGAGGCAUUUGGAGACUAUCUGGGAACAGGCUCACAAGCAGAAAUAUGGUUUAAAGCUCUGCAGACAGCGAAUCAAGAGGUCGGAACGAGGACUACGUUAUAUGAUCGUGAAUGCUGGACGCACGUUGCUUGGGCUACCAAAGCACUACAGCUUGCAAUGAGUGCAGGAAUUGCGACAAGCAUGUCCAUGAUCUGGCAGGUUAGAGGAAAGUUGCCGAGCAUCGUGAAGGACCUCUUGAAGGAUACAGAAUAUAUGAAUUGGGCAGAAUUCACAAAGGAAGUGACAGAGCUGAAAGGAACGAGGCUCAUGGAGAAAAAAGAGCAACAUGCAAAGCAAGAGCUUGAAGUUAGUCUAUUAUGUGCAGAUGUAGCCCGUUUGCAACAGCGCAACAUGAUGCAAAACCCUAUCACAGCACUCCAGAAUCAGCUCUCGCGGAUGACCAUUAAUCCUUCAACAAUGUCCAACGCACAUUGCAGUAAUAACACCGUCACACGUGCACUGACACAGACAACUGCAGCAUAUCCACAGUCUACUUUCACACGGCAACCGAACGCAGCCCCACAACCAUGGACAGUGACAGAAGACAUGAAGACAAUGGUCAGACAGCUCAUAGCGUUAUACAUGCAUCAUCAGGAUACAGCGGCAGGACGUACAGCAUACACCAUGCAAAUAGCUCAAUGGAACGCGAGAUGGGGGGAAAAUACCAGGGUCACACAUGAGAUGGGGUACCCACUUAAACCGGGCAUGGUGGUGAUCCCCUCUAGCAAAUGUUUUGUGUGUGGUAUGCAUGGGCAUCACGGAAGAAAUUGCCCAAUACCACCAGACCAUCCGGAGAGAUUAACGCGCAAAGAAGCGGCAUGGAGAGUGACAGUGAGCAAGGUUUUAGGAUUGUUUAACCACAUGGUGGCUACACCAAUAUCUCUGGUAUUUGGGAACGCACAGCAGUCAGCAUCAGCUUGGAUCGAGGAAAUUCAAGAGAGCAGCGAGGGAAAAGAGAAUGGGUCUGCGAAUAUCCAAGCUGAAGAGAGGGUCCUCAAGCGGGGAGAGGCACCACAUGAGGACAAAUCAACAGUAUCACGCCCCAACCCAAUCAACGAACUUAUAGAUAACACACCAGCAAUAUCUGUACCCAUCUCGACAGGAACAAUUCAGAUCGUUGACUUGUAUACAGCGGGACAUGUCAAGGCAACUAGACAACAAGUAGAUGCAAAGGAAGCGGUCCCAUUCCUGCAUCAAGUUUCAUUAGAGGGCCCGAAGGGGGAAAUCGUUAGAGUUAGAGCGCUUUUUGACGACGGGGCUAUGCACAAGAAGGCCAUGCUAAACAAUCAAAUCAAGAACACACCGAAUGAAGAGGAGAGCUUGACAUUAGACAAUAAGCAGUGGAGAAAAGUAGUGGGAGGUUUGGAAACACCCCCCUCGAGGCAAGUCUUGACAACUCCUAGCGAUAAAGGAACACAUGAAACUAAUAACGAGGAGGAACAUGCGCAAAUAUCACGCGCACCAUACGUUCCAAUGGGGCAAUGGAGACCGAUGGGGCAUCAGCAGUGGCAUCAAGACAAGAAACGGGUGAAGCAACUGUGGCGAAGAGUGGAGAACAAACACGGGAGAAAGAGCAACAAUAAGGCAGAGCGAUAUUGGUGUAAUCACCAUAAACGAGGCCUCAAAUCCUGA